AUGACCGAGUCAUUAUACAGGAAGCAGCGAAAGCUCGGCGAAGGAACCUACGCUGUAGUCUACCAAGGCCAGCACAUCAAGACGGGGCGCACAGUAGCGAUCAAAAAGAUCAAAGUCGGAAACAUGCGCAGCGGCCUCGACAUGUCCGCGAUCCGCGAAGUCAAGGCACUCCAAGAGCUCCGGCACCCGAACGUCAUCGAACUGAUCGACGUUUUCUCGCACAAAACCAACCUCAACCUAGUACUCGAAUUUCUGGACACCGAUCUGAAAUUCCUGGUGUUUAUGCCUGCGGAUAUCAAAAGCUGGAUGAUGAUGGCGCUCAGGGGGCUGGAUCACUGCCAUAGGUGCUGGCUGCUGCACCGCGAUCUUAAGCCUAAUAAUUUGCUGAUUGCUGCCGAUGGGCAGCUAAAGUUGGCAGAUUUUGGCUUGGCCCGGGAGUACGGCGAUGUGAAGCGCGCGAUGACAUCGCAGACGGUCACCCGCUGGUACCGUGCUCCUGAGCUGCUCCUCGGCGCCACCAACUACUCAGGCGCCAUUGAUAUUUGGGCAAUGGGCUACCUGGAGCAGCUGACGACUAUAUUUAAGGCGCGCGGCACACCGACGGAGGAGGAUUGGCCGGGGAUGACGAAGCUGCCGUCGGGAUUCAAAUUCGACCGGUAUCCGAGACCCCAAUUCGCCGACCUGUUCCAUGGUGCGUCCGAGGAUGCCCUGCUUUUAAUGAAUCGUAUGCUCGGGUUUAACCCUACCGGGAGGAUUACCGCGGCGGAGGCCCUGAGCCACCCGUAUUUUACUAAUUCGCCGAGACCAACGAGACCUGCAAAACUGCCGAGACCCAAGAAGCCGGAUAUGGUAGAGGAUACCGUUGAUGGUGGUGAGCCAGAGAGUGAGGGCGCCAGAAGAGAUUGUUCCGGAUAUCGUUGA